AUGUCACAAGAAAUAUUGAAUAAUCUGACAGUAAGGUUAGAUAAAGUUGAGCCAUUGUUAGGAGAAUUUGAUGAGUUACAAAUGCAAAUUGAGUGGUUAGAAAAAGGAAAUGACUAUGAAGUAGAAAGGGAACAGUUUGAAAGCGAGUAUUUCGGGUUAGUUGGUCAAAUAAGGGCACUAAUUCAAACAAAUAAUGUAAAUAAUAACGAGAAUGUAUCGGUACACUCGGGUCAGUCGUUAGCAUCGAGUAAUGAAUCACCCAAAGUAAAAUUACCUCCAGUAAAAUUACCAACAUUUGACGGAAAGCCAGAAAAUUGGUUAGAAUUUAAGGAAUUGUUCAGUGAAAUGGUAAAUGAAGAUAAAGGUUUAUCAGAUGUUCAGAAAUUUUACUAUUUAAAAACCUCAUUAGCAGAAUCGGUACAAAAAAGGUUAAGGUCUAAGGAAAUCUCGUCGAAAAAUUACGCGGAAGUGUGGAAAUGUCUAGAAGAAAGAUACGAAAAUAAAA